AUGUCAGGGUGGGAAUCUUACUACAAAAAUCAGGGUGAUGAGGAAGAAGAAGAACAAGAAGAGGGCCUUGAAGCAGGUGGAGAUUAUUCAUAUUCAGGAAGAGAUAGUUUGAUUUUCUUGGUUGAUGCUUCCAGAGCCAUGUUUGAAUCUCAGGAUGAAGAUGAGUUGACUCCUUUUGACAUGAGCAUCCAGUGUAUCCGGAGCGUAUACACCAAUAAGAUCAUAAGCAGUGAUCGAGAUCUCUUGGCAGUGGUGUUCUAUGGUACCAAGAAGGACAAAAAUUCAGUGAAUUUCAAAAAUAUUUACGUCUUACAGGAAUUAGAUAAUCCAGGUGCUAAACGAGUGCAGGAGCUUGACAAGUUUAAGGGGCAGGAGGGGAAGAAAUAUUUCCAAGACCAAAUUGGCCAUGGAUCUGAUUACUCCUUAAGUGAAGUGCUAUGGGUCUGUGCCAACCUCUUCAGUGACGUCCAGUUCAAGAUGAGCCAUAAGAGGAUCAUGCUUUUCACCAAUGAAGAUGACCCCCAUGGCGAUGACAGUGCCAAAGCCAGCCGGGCCAGGACCAAGGCUGGGGAUCUCCGGGACACAGGUAUCUUCCUUGACUUGAUGCACCUAAAGAAACGUGGAGGCUUCGACAUAUCCUUGUUUUACAGAGAUAUUAUCAGCAUAGCAGAGGAUGAGGACAUAGGGAUUCACUUUGAGGAGUCUAGCAAGCUUGAAAACCUGUUGAGGAAGGUUCGCGCCAAGGAGACCAGGAAGCGUGUGCUCUACAGGUUGAAGCUUAAACUCAACAAAGAUGUAGCGCUCACUGUUGGCAUUUAUAAUAUGGUCCAGAAGGCUUACAGACCUUCUCCAGUGAGGCUUUAUCGUGAAACCAAUGAACCAGUGAAAACCAAGACCCGGACAUUUAAUGUAAAUACAGGCAGUUUGCUUUUGCCUAGUGACACCAAGAGGUCUCAGAUCUAUGGGUGUCGCCAGAUUGUAUUAGAGAAAGAGGAAACAGAAGAGCUUAAGCGGUUUGAUGACCCAGGUUUGAUUCUUAUCGGUUUCAAGCCCUUGAUGAUGCUGAAGAAGCACCAUUACCUGAGGCCCUCGCUAUUCGUGUACCCUGAGGAGUCCCUGAUAAAUGGGAGCUCAACCCUGUUCAGUGUUCUGCUCACCAAGUGCCUGGAGAAGGAGGUCAUGGCCGUGUGCAGAUACACGCCGCGCCAGAACGUCCCGCCUUGUUUUGUGGCCUUGGUGCCACAGGAAGAGGAGCUGGAUGACCAGAAAAUUCAGGUGGCUCCCCCAGGCUUCCAGCUCGUCUUCUUGCCUUAUGCUGAUGACAAACGGAAGGUGCCCUUUACCGAAAAAGUCAUGGCCAACCCAGAGCAGGUAGACAAGAUGAAGGCUAUUGUUCAGAAGCUCCGCUUCAAGUACAGGCGAGUGAUCUUUGAGAACCCAGUCUUGCAGCAGCACUUCAGGAACAUGGAAGCCUUGGCGCUGGAUUUGAUGGAGCCUGAGCAAGCAGUGGACCUGACAUUGCCCAAGACUGAAGUAAUGGAUAAAAGACUGGGCUCCCUCGUGGAUGAGUUUAAGGAACUUGUCUACCCACCAGAUUAUAAUCCCGAGGGGAAAGUAACCAAGCGAAAACAAGAUGAUGAAAGUUCUGGAAGCAAAAGGCCCAAGGUGGAGUUGUCCGAAGAGGAGCUGAAGGCCCACGUCAGCAAGGGCACGCUGGGUAAGCUCACUGUGCCCGCACUGAAGGAAGCCUGCAGGAUGUGUGGGCUGAAGGGCGGGCUGAAGAAGCAGGACCUGCUGGAUGUCCUCACCAAGCACUUCCAGAAGGCCUGA